CCCUCGGGGGCUGCCCCUCUUGGGGGGGGGGGGUGCGGUGGACGGGGAUGAAAGAGGGUAGCUGCCGCCGCGCCCCGGCUCGGUGAGCAGGAGGCGAAGGAGGAUGGAGGCAGCGGAGCUGGAGCCCGGUAGGGGCUCGCCGUCCCCGCCGCCGCCGUCGCCCCCACCACCCCCGCUGCCGCCACCUUCCCCUGCACCCCCGGAGAAGAAGAAGAUCAACCGUGCCCCAUCCCCUGCUAGACCCAAGGACGUCCCCGGCUGGUCGCUAGCCAAGAGCCGGCGGAGCAGCGGCAGCAACCCGGGCUCUCCUGCCUCUCUGUCCGGGAAGGCGGGGCCCGGCCAGUCCCGGCCCGAGAAGAAAGGCCGCAGCGGCCCGCAGACCGGGGCUCGGGGCUCGGGAAAGGGUGCGCCAGGCCGAGCCGGGGCCAAAGCGAAGGGGCGUCCCCGCGACGAGCCCCCGGGGCGGGCCUCGCAGCAGCCGCUGCUGCCACAGCCGCCGCCACCGACGGCCCUGAGCCUCACGGACAGCAGCUCCGAGGUGUCGGACUGCACAUCCGAGGAGAACAAGCUGCUGUCCUUGGAGCUGGCUCUGAGCAGCGAUACAGAGUCAGGCCGCGGCAGCGGCAGCGGCAGCGGGCAGGAGCGACCGUCUGGGAGCGGAGCCGGCGCUGGAUCCGGGGUCCGCGUCCAGGGGCACCCGGCGCCGCGCAGCCCUCAGCCGUCCCGGCUCGCCUCCCCCGGCGCCUCGCCUGUGCCGGAUGAGCAGUCCGCUGCGUCGCUGGGCAGCAGCCGUCUGCCCCUUAGUACGUCGCUGGCCUUCUCAGAUCUCACCGAGGAGCUGCUUGACUGCGGGCCCGACGGCUUCGUUCGGGAGCUGGAGGAGCUGCGCUCGGAGAACGACUACCUCAAGGAUGAGAUCGAGGAGCUGCGGGCUGAGAUGCUGGAGAUGCGGGAUGUCUACAUGGAGGAGGAUGUCUACCAGCUUCAAGAGCUCCGGCAGCAGCUGGACCAAGCCAGCAAGACCUGCCGCAUCCUGCAGUACCGGCUACGCAAGGCAGAACGGCGCAGCCUCCGAGUGGCCCAGACGGGCCAGGUGGAUGGGGAGCUCAUCCAUAGCCUGGAGCAGGAUGUCAAGGUUUCCAAAGACAUCUCUGUGCGGCUGCAUAAUGAGCUGGAGGCCGUGGAAAAGAAGAGAAUCCGACUGGAGGAGGAGAACGAAGAUCUCCGGCAGAGGCUGAUUGAGGCAGAGCUGGCCAAGCAAGUGCUACAGCACGAGAUGGACAAACCUCGGGAGCAUUCCUUGAAGAAAAGAGGAACUCGUUCACUUGGAAAAACAGAAAAAAAGGCAUCAGUCCAGGAGGACAACGCAGAUCUGAAGUGUCAGUUGCACUUUGCCAAGGAAGAGUCAGCCCUGAUGUGCAAGAAGCUCACUAAAUUAGCUAAGGAAAAUGACAGCAUGAAGGAGGAGCUGGUCAAAUACCGGUCUCUGUACGGGGACUUGGACAGCUCCUUGUCUGUGGAGGAGCUGGCUGACUCACCUCAUUCGAGGGAGGCUGAGUUGAAGGUACAUCUGAAGCUGGUGGAAGAAGAGGCCAACAUCUUGAGCCGCAGGAUCGUUGAGCUUGAGGUUGAAAAUCGGGGGCUGAGGGCGGAGAUGGAAGACACGAAAGGGCAGGGUGACAAGGACUACAUUGGCCCUGACAUACGAUUUGCUUUUUCUUCCACAAACUGUGGUGGGGAGUCUGGGGAGAGCCUGGCUGAGCUGAGGAGACACCUUCAGUUUGUGGAGGAGGAAGCCGAGCUCCUGAGGAGGUCAUCUGCUGAGUUGGAAGACCAGAACAAACUUCUCAUGAAUGAGCUGAACAAGUACAAGUCAGAACAUGACUUGGACGUCACCUUGUCCGAAGACAGCUGCUCGGUGAUCAGUGAGCCAUCUCAGGAGGAGCUGGCCACUGCCAAGAUCCAGAUCAGUGAGCUCAGUGGGAAGGUAAAGAAGUUGCAGUAUGAGAACCGGGUCCUGCUCUCCAACCUGCAGCGCUGCGACCUGGCCUCUUGUCAGACCGUGCGGCCCAUGCUUGAGACAGAUGCUGAGGCUGGGGAUUCUGCCCAGUGCAUCCCCACCACCCUCUGGAGGGAAGUGCCCAUCGGGGGAGAGAACGAUACUCUAGGCCACCCUGAGCGGACAGUGGACAAUGGCGUCACAAAGCUACCUGACCCCCACCUCACCAAGCUCUUUAAAACCAGAGACCUGGAGGCUUUGCCUAGCAUCAGGGACCAGGCUGCUCUGGUCAGCAAAGCUAUCGAUGUAUUAAUUUCAGAUGCCAAUGGCUUCAUAUCUAGCCUCAAGCUAUGCCUGGACAAUGAUUGUGCAGACCUCAUGUUGAAUGAGUCCCUGGAUAACAGCGAGAGCCCCAGUGAUUCCAAACUUAUCAAUGUUAUCUUCGUGAGGCUUGGGCUUCUGCAACAGGAGCUGAACACCUUCAUGAGGAAAGUAGAUAGCAUUGGGGACUCUCUGAAAGAGUCUACGGAAACCUCCUCUCUGCCAACCCCAGGGGCCCAGGAUUCCCCCAAGGAAGUUCUGGGCAAAGAGCAUGGGUCUGACUUCCAGCCUGACUUUAGAGACCUGCCAGACUGGGAGCCCCGGGCCAGGGAGGCCUUCUGCAGCGACCCGGACCCCAAACCCGAACUCACCCGGAGCUACAAGACUUAUCAAGCUGAAGACAAUGAAUCCUAUGCUACUGAGAUCAAAGAACUACAGCUGGUGCUCUCAGAAGCCCAUGAGAGCCUUCGGGGCCUUCAAGAACAGCUUUCCCAAGAGAGGCAGCUGCGUAAAGAGGAUGCAGAGAAUUUCAAUCAAAAAAUCUUCCAGCUGAAGGAAGAUCAACAGAAGACUCUCCUACGGAGGGAGUUUGAGCUGCAGAGUGUGAACCUCCAGAGGAGGCUGGAGCAGAAGUUUUGGAGCCAGGAGAAGAAUCUCCUGGUGCAGGAAUCCCAACAGUUCAAGCAGAACUUCCUGCUGCUUUUCAUGAAGCUUAAGUGGUUCCUCAAACGCUGGAGACAGGGCAAGAUUUUACCCAGUGAGGGAGGUGACUUUCUAGAGGUAAACAGCAUGAAGGAACUCUACCUGCUAAUGGAAGAGGAAGAGCUAAACCCCCAGCAUUCUGACAAUAAAUCCUGUGUGGGGGACAUCUGGACACAGAACACUCCCAAUGAAUAUGUGAAGACUCUUGCAGACAUGAAGAUCAUCCUGAAAGAGCUGUGCCGAGAGCUCCGGGAAGAGCGGCGGGGCAUGAAUGAGCUCCAGCAGCAGUUUGCUAAGGCUAAGUCUGCCUGGGAAAUGGAGAAGACUGAGUUCAAGUGCCACCUGGCACAGCUGGAACUAAAACCUGGGAAAGGAGUGGGUGAGCGGGCCCUGCCUGACUGGAAGGCCAUCCUGAAAAGAGAAAGGGAGGAACACCAGCACCUCCUGGCUGAGUCCUACAGUGCAGUCAUGGACCUCACCAAACAGCUGCAGAUCAGUGAGAAGAACUGGGACCAACAGAAGAUAGAGCUGCUGGAUAGGUUCAAAGAUGAGAAGCAGCAGGCUGAACAGCAGGUGAAAGAGCUACAGAAUAAAAUAAGCCAGCUGCAAAAGGGAGCUGAAUCCUGGGCUUUGAAACACAUGGAGAUGGAAAAGCAUGACAGCAGCUGGAAAGAGACCCUCAGUGAGAAGAUACAUGACAAAGAGACCAUUUCUGAAGCUGAUGCCAAUGGAACCAACUUGAAGAGGACCAAAUCUGUUUCUUCCAUGUCUGAGUUUGAAAGUUUGCUUGACUGUUCUCCUUACCUUCCUGGAAAAUCAGCCAACAUAGUCAAUGAAACUUCCCGAGGCAAAAAGACCUCUCCAGCUGCCUCCCUGUUGCCCAGUAGCCUGAUGGAUACUGCCACAGUGAACCCUGCGAGAAUUGCCUUUGUGGACAAUGAGCAGGCCAGCCCAGAAAAGGGGACCAAAGAGAAGCUGGGGCUCUCCCCUAGAGACUGCAACAGGAGAGGCAGCCUGGCCUACCAGGAUUGUGCCCAGAAGCAGAUGCAGAGGAGCUACACGGCUCCUGAUAAAACAGGCAUCCGGAUUUACUACAGCCCACCUGUGGCCCGUAGGCUAGGGGUCCCUCUGGUCCAGAAUAAAGAAGGGAAAAUUCUCAUUGAGCCUGGCUUCCUCUUUACCAUGGCCAAGCCCAAAGAGUCAGCAGAGUCAGAAGGCUUGGCUGAGAGUACAUAUGGCCGGUGGCUGUGUAACUUCUCCAAACACCGGGAACUUUUGGACAGCAGCCCAGUCAGCAGUUCUGCAGCUCCUGUGCCUAACUUCCCCUCUGCCCUACAUGACUUUGAAAUGUCAGGCAACAUGAGUGAUGACAUGAAAGAAAUUACCAACUGUGUCCGCCAGGCCAUCCGUUCUGGCUCUCUGGAAAGGAAGGUAAAAAGCAUGUCAAGCCAGACUGUAGGGCUGACAAGUGUAGGCACCCAGACCAUCCAGACAGUGAGUAUUGGUCUUCAAACUGACCUGCCUCGGGGAAGCCUGCAUGGCAAGAGUUGGUCACCCCGUAGCUCUUCUCUGGUAUCUGUCCGAAGCAAACAGAUAUCUUCUUCACUGGAGAAGGUCCACUCUCGGAUUGAAAGACCUUGUUGUUCUCCUAAAUAUGGGUCACCAAAGCUUCAGAGGAGAUCCGUGUCCAAACUGGAUAGCUCCAAGGACCGAAGUCUGUGGAAUCUUCACCAGAGUAAGCAAAAUGGAUCAGCUUGGGCCAGGUCCACCACGACCCGAGACAGCCCAGUCUUAAGCAACAUUAAUGAUGGACUAUCUAGUUUGUUCAAUGUAGUAGAGCAUGCUGGGAGCACUGAGUCUAUCUGGAAGCCAGGGAGCCAGGAGACCCGCACCAAACCAGAAACUCACAAGUAUGGUAUCGUACAGGAGUUCUUUCGUAACGUGUGUGGCCGCUCACAGAGUCCCACUUCUGGGACAGAUCGGAAAGAAGUAGUGGGAGAUGAGUGCACCAAAAGGCCAGAGCCUCUUUCCCCAGCAAGUUACCACCAAUCUGAAGGCAUUGCCAGGAUUCUGAGCAAGAAAACUCCAAAGCUGAGCAGUUGUGAGGAGGUCAGGCCAGCUUUACUCUCCCAGGGGGGUAAGGAUGGAACCCCUCGAGAUCCAGAUGGCAUUUUGACUGUGGCUAAUGAGGAUGCCAUGUGUGACUGCAGUGCCCAGUCUCUGACCUCUUGCUUUGCUCGGCCUUCCCGAUCCAUCACCAGACACUCUCCCUCUAAAUGCAGACUACAUCCCCCAGAAACCAUCCGGGGAGGGGAAGAGAGAACAGCUUCUUCCAGUGAAUGAUCAUGCUGCCAAGGAGCAGAACAGCAGUGCUCCCCCUUGUCCCAUCCCACCCCUCAGCCAACAGUCAUUGUGAGAAGCCAAAUCUCUAGUGACCCAUUGAGCAGAUCUGGAUCAGCCGAUAUGAGGCAACAGGGCCCAGAGGGGGUCCAGCAGCCUGUACAUCUGUCUCCUAAACACCACCUUGCAUUGGAAGGAGUAUUUAAGAAGCAGAUGUUGCAUCAAAGCCUGGAAACCUAUGGAAUAGGUUCCAAGGGGAAGAAAAGCAAGAGAUCCCUUUUGCAUCAAGCAACAGGAAUAUCAUCUGCUGAUCAGCAUAAUGACCUCCAACCUUCAGAUGAGAAGACAGGGAAUGGGAGAGAGAUCAAAGUUGAGUGCUGGAGCAUCGCUACUAGGGAUCUUCUCUGAGAGCCUCUUCUUGGGUGCUAAGGGAGUAGCAGAACUUUUUGCUCAAUUUUUUUCUUAGGAUGCCUAAUAGGGGAGGUAUCCUUUGGGGACUACAGACACCCCAAAUAGGCAGCCACAGUACAGCUAUAACUGAUGUGGUUUUGAGAAGAGAUUUCAACAGCCUAAGUCUUAAACCUUAAACUCUUCAGAGGGAUGCUUUUACCCUGUAAUCUUCUACAGCACCAGGAAGAUUCCUUUUAAACAGUAGCAAAGCCAGGAGGCAUUGGCAGUGCCUGGCUAAACGUGGGGUAAAAGGCCAGGAGCUUUAACAAGAAAUCUGGUUGUACCAAAUCGAUGACACUGUAUAUCUCCAUUACCAUGCAUUGCAGUUCAAACACCCAGUGUGGAGAAGACAUGAUCCAUCUCUUAAGACAACCCAAUGAAGUUUUUGAUAGGCCCUGGCAAUACUACAUAAUGAUGAACUAGACUUGGGCUUUUUCUCUGAGGCCCAGCAUAAUCCCUUCCUUUUUCUCUCACAUUUCUUAGCCUCCGGCUCUUGCUGCCCUGGAUUUCUGUGACUCUCCAUGGAAUAUGAUAGGGUAGCCAGCCACCUCCAAGAGUCUGGAUCUUCAUGUCUUAGAAAUAAGGGGUUUUACAUCCCCCAUCUUUGGCAGCUCAUGUCCAACAAUGAUGUAAAAAAAAAAACCAAUACCAGACUUGUGGGAGCUAGGGGCAGGGAAUGUAGGCCUCGGGAUCUGGGUACACUUAAGAGAAGCCAGGGAGCCACCAAUCUAGCAGAGAUUUUGUUUUUGAAGCAUUUGGAUAUCAUUGGCUUAAAUCCUUGCUCUUUCUUCAGAUGUGCUACAGCAGUAGCAGCCUCAAUACUAUGUUUACGUCGAGCAGUCAAAAGCAAAGACAUUCCUGCUAAACAACCUUGGUGGACAGUUUAGUUGAUCUAGCCAUAGAGGAGUUAGCGAACCUGCUGUCUCCUGGACUAUGGGGCAGAAAGACUCUAGAGCCUCCUGCUAAGGCCCUGACACAUGAUACUGUUGAAUUUUCCUGACUAUAAAUAUUUAAGGUAGUUUAUAUUAUUUUAAUAAUUUAAUUCAUCCCCAGAUCCCUAGAGUAAUUUAUUGAGGAUUGAGAGGUAUCCUGUUCAUCAGGACACAGGGAAACAUAGUGUUCCCAUUGAAAUGUUGAAAUGUUAGGGAAGUUGAGGGGGAUACAAGGCAGUUCAGCAAUUGAACAUUGGUUUCCUUAUCCACAUCCAGACACCUACUUUGCACAGCUAGAAUCCCAGAAUGCUCAAAUUCCAAAUGAUGUGAAUUAAUUGCUUUGGAUUCAGAACCCAGAUUCUUACUCACAGGCAACAGUUGUACUGGAUCUUACAUCCUAGUGUCCCCUUCCUGAGUUCCUAUUGACAGGGAUGUGAGGAUUGGGCUGAUUCCACCAUUUCCCAUACAUUUCCCAUUUCAAUUUUCUAUUUCCCCUUCCACUUUUUUAUGAGCCAAACAUAGGUCCUUGAGCCUCAGCCAAGCUUGGUGAUCCCUGAGAUUCUCAGCCAGUAUACUCAGUGGAAAACUAGACUGAAUCUAGAGAGUGUUUAAUGCAGCUUUGCACAUAGAUUUUAAAAUGUCUACUAACCUCCCUAAAUUUUCACCAGCCUGUCCAUACUUAGCCUUAAUGUCUAGUAGCACAUUCACUGCCUCCUAAGGAUCUUCCCCUAGUCACAUACUAAUCUAUCCAUUUUUUCUAACUUCCUACUCACCUUAGUCAUUUCACUCCUUUCAAGCGAUCUUCCACUACAGCUCGUCUCCAUCUAUGUGAUCAGUCCCAAGUUUCCUUAACUAAUGGGUCAGAAAUCCCCAAGAUGGUAGGAAGUGGCUCAAUGUCAUUUUACCUGUGCAAAAUAGGCUUCUAGGAGCCACUGAGUCUCAUUUGGGGGAGGCUACUUUUCAGGGGAUUUCUGGCAGCCUUAACUGGCCACCCUAACCAGACUCUUGAGAAGGAGAGCAGCCUUGUUUACUUUCAUUUGCCCCUGCUGGUUAUGAGGCCAGCUUGGAAAUGUGCUCUAAUGCUCACAUCGAGCAGCAGUCCAAGCCCUUCUGUCAUCCUUCAAGAUCUGACAGAGGGCAGGAUGCAACAUUAUUAACUUUCCAGCUGAGUUGUUAGAUAGACUGCCCAGGAUAGCUGAAAGGAGUCAGUCUCUAAUGUGAUCCCUCUGUGGGGAGCACCUGGUGCCAAUGUACCCUGUUUACCUUAGUUCUGGUGCACACACACAAACACACACAGGGAGCUCUGCUCUUCCUGAUUGUGACCCAGAGUGGUUGUGAAAUUUGCCACCUGACUUAAACUGCAAAGAAAGAACUAAGAAAGCAGUAAACUCAGAUGUGAUAAGCUUUCCAUCUUGGAGCAACAUUUUGUUUCAUUUCACCUGAGCAUCUAAAUAGACUUGAAAAUGUUCAUCUGAACCCCACGUAAUACUGCUCAACCCUACUGAGUGUUUUCUAGUAAGUUAUCUAAAGUCAUUAGUCUCUAUUCCCUUUUGGCUGAAUGUUGGCGAUGUUAAUGUUAUUAACUUGUUCCUCAUGCUGUGGUCUGAAAUGAUGUUGGAAAGGUUCAGUGUUCCACAUUAAGUGGCAGGGAGGGCAUGUUGUAUGGAGAAAUACUGCCAUCUCAGAGAGGACUCGUACCCUGGAAAUCAAAAGGGAUCCUUUGGGGCAAAAUCCAAAUCCUAAUACACAGAAUAAGAGAAUGCAAUAGACAUCAUGGGAUGAGGCCUGGAUCAAGUGAGGAGUUUUUACCAUUCCAUUGCACUGUUGCUGGGUUGACUAUUAAUUUGGGGGUGAAGCACUGCAGGUGGAAAGACACCAGAUGCCUUCUAUACCGACCCCCCUCAGGUGGCACAAGACCCAAGGGUAUCCAGAUACCAUUUGGGACUACUUGGCCCUUGGUGGGGGUGGGGUGUGGGGCUCCACUGCUCUCAAAAUGUCACCAGGAAACCCCCACCAACUCCAUGAAGAGAUGGAGACCUGAGAAUAAAGGAUUACCAAUCCCAGCCAAUUUGCCUUACCAUCCCAAGGAGCAUGGGAAGAGAGAAGCCUUAGCCCCUCUCCUCUGCCAGCCCUGCUCCAAGUAACAACUCCUUCCUCCUCCAAAAGAGAGAGGCUUUGGAAUCUGAUUUUUAGUGUAACACUCUUUUCUAUUUCUUGCAUGCAGUUGUACAUGAUCAUUUAUUGUUCUAUUGGAAACCUGGACAGUGGGUUUUUAAAGGGGUUUAAAAUAUUACAUGUAAAUACUGA